UCACCGAGAGAAUGCCAGCAAGGAGAAGCACUGCAAAAGCGGCGACCAGCAAUGGCAGCGCGACAAGUCCACAGAUGGAAGAUCACGCGUACAAGAUGAAAAGAAAGAAGAAUAACGAGGCAGUGCAGCGCACGCGUGAAAAAACAAAGAAAACUGCCGAGGAACGCAAAGGGCGAAUUGAUAAAUUAAAAAAUGAGAAUUUAAAGCUGGAAGAAAGAAUUGAAUCCGAAAAGAAACACAUCCAUUUUCUAAGGGUUAUGAUCAUACAAGGCAAAAAGAACAAAGAGCAGGAUCAGCUAAUCGAUAAAAUUUUAAAAUCCUCAGACGAAGACGAUGACGAUUUGACAGCAACACUCAACCAAAAUGACUAAUGAAGAAUUAAUCCUUAUUUACUUAAUAUUAUUUACAUAUUUUUAAGCAAUUCCCCUCACUAACCGUCAUA